UUACAUAACACCACGAAUCCUCUAUACCCACCGCAUCAUUAGUCCUCUAUCUCUCUUCUCCACAAGACAACCAACACUGUCCACAGCCACUAUUUUAUGUUUAUGUGUCACAUAUAUUGUCCCUCCAUUAGAACUAAAAAUUGGUUCUAUUGAACACUUUUCCAAUGUCAAUCUUAGCUCAACAUAAAUACCCUCUGAGUUCCAAACAUCAUGUCUACACGUGCCUCUCUCCGUGCCUCCGCACACGUGUGCAUUGCUUGGCCACUACUACUACCUCCACCAAGCCUAGGCCGAACCUUGACCAAUUAGUCAUUGAACCACAGCUGAACCCCUCACAAACCUUGGUCACAUCACCUCCUAGCCGCCCCAUUCUUAAUGACCCAAGUUUGAGAUCAACAUGGGCUCAUCGUGCAUGGGUAGCAAGUGGGUGCACCACAGUGAUGAUCUCUCUAGCAAAGUCAAUAAUGGGUGCAGCAGAAUCACACAUGUGGCUUGAGCCCAUUUUAGCAAGCUUGGUUGGCUACAUUUUAGCUGACCUUGGGUCCGGAGUGUACCAUUGGGGUAUUGACAAUUAUGGAAGUGCCUCAACUCCAAUUUUUGGUGCCCAAAUAGAUGCAUUUCAAGGUCACCAUAAGUGGCCAUGGACAAUCACUCGGAGACAGUUUGCAAACAAUCUACACGCCCUUGCUCGUGCCGUGACAUUCACAGUGCUACCAAUGGACCUUGCUAGUAAUGAUCCAAUAUUUCUUGCUUUUGUUGGUGUGUGCUCGGGUUGCAUUAUGUUUAGCCAGCAAUUUCAUGCUUGGGCUCACACAACUAAGAGUCGGCUUCCAGCAUUGGUGAUUGCAUUGCAAGAUAUGGGAUUGCUUGUGUCACGUUCACAACAUGCUGAUCAUCACAGGUCACCUUAUAAUAAUAAUUAUUGCAUAGUGAGUGGUGUUUGGAAUGAAUUUUUGGAUAAGCAACAGGUUUUUGAAGCAUUGGAGAUGAUAUUGUUCUUUAAGCUAGGGGUGAGACCCAGGUCUUGGAGUGAGCCCAGUUCUGACUGGACCGAAGAGAUUGAGACCUCUUCUCAAAUUGCAGCCCACUGAUUUUUCAUCUUUUUACAUGUCUUUUCUUACUAGAAUGCAAAGAUUCAUGCCUUGUCGAUGGAUGCUCAUGUUCUUCCAAAUUUGCAGUGGAAGAUAGGUGGUUUGUGGAUAGAUUUAUUUGCAAAUUUUACAAGGUAUAUAUAAUUUAGUCUAUAAUUUAUUAUUGAAAUUUCUAUGAUUA